AUGCUGUCCAAGGUUUUCUUCUGCAUCGCGACUCUGGUUCUGGCCGUUACUGCUGCUCCGCCGACAUCGAAGCGGGCGACAUGCAUUAACGGACAGACUGCCAGCGACUCUAAGUGCUGCGUUUGGUACGACGUGUUGGAUGACAUCCAAGGUGCCAGCGGCCUCUUCCAGGGUGGCCAGUGCGGGGAGGAAGCGCAUGAAUCCCUUCGGCUGACCUUCCACGAUGCUAUUGGGAUCUCAUCUACGGCCGGGUAUGUCGGCGGAGGAGCAGAUGGAUCCAUCAUGGCCCACUCCGACGUCGAGCUUGCCUACGCCGAGAACAUCGGAGUAGACGACAUCGUCGAGCUGCAGCGGCCGAUAGCACUCCGCUACAACGUCUCCUUUGGGGACUUUAUCCAGUUCGCGGGCGCCGUCGGCGUCAGCAACUGCCUCGGAGGCCCCCGCCUCCAGUUCCUUGCUGGCCGCUCGAACGACUCGCAGGCCUCGCCCGACAACCUGGUCCCCGGCCCCGGUGACUCUGUCGACACUAUCUUGGCGCGCAUGUCGGACGCGGGUUUCUCCGCGGACGAAGUCGUUGCUCUGCUCUCAUCGCAUAGCGUUGCUGCUCAAGACCAUCUGGACACCACUAUCGCGGGAUCGCCCUUGGACUCCACCCCAUCGGUAUUUGAUGCGCAGUUCUUCGUUGAGACCUUGCUGAACGGGACCGCCUUCCCCGGAAACGGCUCCAACCCCGGAGAGGCUGAGUCGCCCCUGCCUGGAGAGUUCCGCAUUCUCUCAGACUCUCUGAUCGCGCGGGACUCCCGUACGUCUUGCGAGUGGCAGUCUUACGUCUCCGACCACGGACGAAUGGUCACCCAGUUCGAAGCUGCGAUGGCCAAGAUGGCGCUCCUCGGUCAAGACGCCAGCACUCUCGUCGACUGCUCCGACGUAAUCCCCACGCCUCAAGCGGCGGCGGCGAGCGUGGCGACGCUCCCCGCUGGCAAGACGAUGGACGACGUUGAGGCCUCCUGCGCGGAGACGCCAUUUCCUACGCUGAGUGCGGCUUCCGGUGUGUUUUCGAUCUUUAUAUUCGAACAAUUCAAUGAACGACUUAUAUCGAUAUACGUUCGCUCCCAGGUCCUGAGACAUCCGUUGCUCCUGUGUAAGUUAUAUAUUGCCUGUAGUUGUCUCGCGGAGUUGGCACUGACGUCUUUAUAUUAA